GACAAUCUAAUGUAAAAUGAGUGACAUUAGUGUGAUAUAUAUGGAGGAUUAUAUAUAUUCAGUUAAAUAGUAAUAUGGCUGAUCUGUUCACUAUGGGAGAAUCGAUCGACGACUACCAGGUGUUGAACCUCCUGGGGAAGGGAGGAUUUGCAUGUGUGUACCGUGCUCGCUCCAAUAAAACUGGUCUUGAGGUGGCUAUUAAAAUGAUUGACAAGAAGUUGAUGAAAGCAGCGGGUAUGGUAGCCAGAGUAAAGAAAGAAGUAGAAAUCCAUUCAAGAUUAAAACACCCAUCAAUACUUGAGCUUUACAAUUAUUUUGAAGACAACAACUAUGUAUACUUAGUUCUUGAGAUCAGUCACAAUGGAGAGCUCAACCGCUAUCUCAAGGCCAACUGUAAGGUGCUGAAUGAGGCAGAAGCUCAACACUUCAUGAAACAGAUAGUGAAGGGGAUGCUGUAUCUUCACUCACAUGGAAUCCUGCACCGUGAUCUCACGUUAGCCAACCUCCUUCUUACUCGCAACAUGGAUGUGAAAAUCGCUGAUUUUGGUUUGGCUACCCAGCUUAACAUUCCUGAUGAGAAGCACUUCACAAUGUGUGGGACUCCAAACUACAUUUCACCUGAGAUUGCUAUGCGAUCAGCACAUGGACUGGAGGCAGAUGUGUGGUCCCUUGGCUGUAUGCUGUACACAUUCUUGGUGGGGAGGCCUCCUUUUGAUACAGAGGGUGUUAAGACUACACUGAACCGUGUUAUCCUGGCAGAGUUCCACCUGCCUGACCACAUAUCUAACGAGGCCAAGGAUCUGAUUCAGUCUCUACUCAAAAAAAACCCAAAGGAACGCCAAAAUCUCAAAGACAUCCUGGGUCACCCCUUUAUGACAAAGGAUAACAGCAGUAGCCUUAGUAAAGGCUCUCAUGGCUUUGGGGAGACAUCCAUUGACAGUGGCAGGGGUACCAUGGCAACUAUUUCAUCAUCACGCAUAUCCAGUCACCCAAAGCCACGACCCUUUCCAGCAUUCCCUCUUGAGUCCCAGAUUUCUGAGGAUGAGGAAGGUUUAGUAAAUGGCAAAAAUCAGGGAUCUGAGCAGACAGAGAUGUUUUUCCCCAGAAAGGGGGCCCCGCCUCCCUCCAAUCCCGUACUGCGACACCCACCCUCUCCACCUGUGCGUCUCCGGGACAGUGACAAAGAAGUUCGCCUGGGCAGUCAGCGUUCAACUGACCGCUACAUGAGAACUAACAGUCAGGACAAAUCUCAGGAAUUAUAUGGAGCUCCAACCUUUGAUCCCACUAAGUACCAAGAAAAUACACCCAACAGCUCAACAGGUUGGUCCUGUAGUCUGAGCACCCACAGUAAUGACCCACGUGGACGCAUCAGUCCACCACAACUGAGUGACACCAGCAAACCUUCUAUCAGCUCUGCUCUAUCUGACCUUUCUUCCCAGGAAGGUACAGAAUUCUCCCUCCAAAACACUAAAAAGGCUCUAAAUUUUGAUGGUGAUGCUAUGGGCAGCUGGCAUGAGAGAUGUCCAUUGCCAGACCACAAGGCCGGUCAGCGCUACCAGGACAGUCACUCCAUGGAGGACAAGUUAGGCUCCAAUCGCAACAACAAUACAGACAUGAAAACUCUCCAAAAUAGUGCCAAGGCUAGUACUUCCAACAAGACAUUACACGAUGUGGUGGCACCUCUGAACUCCUCACGACUGCGACAUAUCAGACAGAGGACCAGGAAUGCAAUUGUGAACAUUCUGGAGUGUGGGGACGUAUGUUUGGAAUUCCUCAAACAGAAACAGAAGACAGAGAAGGUUGUGGAGGUGUUUCUCAUCUCUGUGGAUGGAGAAACCAUCAAUAUCUACCAGCCAAACAAUGGACGUGGUGAACCUGUGGGUGAUGUUCCUGUACCGCUCCCUCCUGUUCCCUCCAAGUCCUUCACUUUCAACACUCUGCCAGAGAAAUACUGGAAGAAGUACCAGUAUGCCUCCAGGUUUGUGAAGCUGGUACGAUCUAAGACGCCAAAAGUCACUUUGUUCACCAGCCGAGCCAAAUGCAUGCUGAUGGAAAACUCACCUGAUGCUGAUUUUGAAGCCAUAUUUUAUGAUGGGUCCUAUGUAGUGGAUGGGACAUUGAGCUCCAGUAGAGGGGAAGGCAGGUGUGCCCCUCCUCGCAGUGCCAAAUUUACAAUAAAUUCCACAAAUACAAGAAUAAUAGAAAAGUCUGGGACAUCUUUAGUCCUGGAUUCUGUAGUGGCGGAGGAGAGAUUAACCGAGGACACACAACAACUGCUUGUUUAUGUCAAACAGUGUCGACAACAGUGCCUAGAGAUUGAAUCUGUGAUCGGUGCUGUACAGCAAAGAUGUGCUUUAAAAACACAUUUCUUUCCCAUCAUUAUUGGCAGUCGCCCAAAAAACCAGAAUUUAAAUGAUUCUGGUCGGUCCACAUCAACAAGUGGAACAGGACCCAGCUCUGGAGCUUUUGAGAACAUGAGCACCCCAUCAUCUGGAUCACGACCUUCUCCUUCUGUGAUGACAUCGUUUGAUGGGACAGUGGUUAGCACGAUGACAGACUGUGUUGACCAGUCUGUGAAUGAUUCCCAGGAUCGUACCCUUAAGUCUGAAGCUGUGCGGCUGUCAGCCGAGAAGUUAGGGGUGGAGAAACUUACUGGCGGGUUAGAGAAACUGGGCACUGGGGCAGAGCGAGGGGCAAAUACAAGCCCUACCUCCAGUCAUAGUGGAGGCAGUCAGCUGCGAAAGGGUGGCCAUGACAUCACACGCCAAGUGUAUGUACCUGAUGUGGGCAUCGCCUCUCAGCUCACCAACGGCGAAAUCUGGGUCAAAUUCAAUGAUGGCACUCAACUUGGUGUGCGCUCAACCACUACCACUAUCAAGUUUGUUGAUGCACAGGGAAAGCUCUUCAGGUUUCAGAAGACCGAUAUUUUACCAGACCUUGUCAAGUUACGUCUAGGGAAGGUGCCUGUCGUGCUAGAGCACUUACUACAACAAGAGCGUUCUGUGGUGGGACACAAUUAUGCUCGAUAGUCUGUGCCAACACACUCCCUUAUGGUGCCAUACUGAACUUGUUUUACUCCCAAUCAUGGUUGUCUCACCUGAGAACGCACAUUCUCCAAUUUGUUACUGGACAGUAUUGAGAUUAGUAUGUGAGCUACUGGUGAUGGGGCCAAGGUGCUGUGAUAUCUCUCUACUCAAUUUCUUUUGCUCAUAUUUUUACUCUGUCAUCUGUUUAUUUCUACAAUGUAAACACUCAUUUCC